AUGACCCGGCUGGGCAGCUGCCAAGGCAUUGGCUUCGGCGCCAGUGGUCGGGGAAAAUCCCGCGGGCCCGCCACCGACGGGUCUGGGCGGCCCUGGCGCGGCGAGUUAAAACCACCUGCGCCCGCGUUCGCGGCCAGUGCUCGCCACGCCGCUCAAACUCAAUGCCAGUCAGUCUGCAGCCGGCGUCGUUGCUGUGCGGUCGUGUUUCUCGUAACUAGGUGGAAGUGCGCGUUGAGCGGG